GCAAACCCUUCAUCUAUCCAUGCAUGUUGUGAACUUGUGAUCAUUGCUUCAUAGGAUUCCAAUUAUCCGAGAAGUGUGAUUUUAAAAAUAUAUGACUUAAUCUUUAUCACGUGUUGCAUGAUUUGGUUUUUAAAUUGGAUUGCCCACUAUUAAAAUAUUACGAGAGAAUUUUUAAUAUCCAGAACAUGGGUACAUACGCUAUACACAAGUAGCGGAACACUUGAAGAAAAAAAAAAAAAAAAAAAAAAAAAAAGCUUUCCCUCCACUUAUAUUACAUAUAUAUGAUGUACUGCACAGUGUUCUGGACACAUUGAGUUUUAUCUUGCAAUUUAACUCUAAUCGCUUGUAUUUAAGGAGGGUAGGAGCCCAAAUUAUACAUAUCCUUUAACAUUCUUCUCUUAUAAUUUCUGAGUAGCACCCAUCAAAACUGCUCAUAAACAUGGUUCUGCAUGGUAAAAUUGGGACUGAAAUAGAAAUUAAGGCACCAGCUGACAAGUUGUACAACAUGUUCAAGAGCGCCCACCUCAUCCCAAACAUCUCUAAUACCCAUAUCAAAGGAGUUGAUGUGCACGAAGGAGACUGGGAAACACACGGCUCUGUUAAGAUUUGGAAAUAUGAACUAGGGGACCAUGUCGGGAUAUUCAAAGAACAGGUGGAGCUAGACGAUGAGAACAAGGCCGCAACUCUGAAAGGAUUGGAAGGAGAAGUGUUCAAGUAUUAUAAGAGCUUCAAGGGUGUCUAUAAAUUCACUCAAAAAGAUGAAGGCACCUGCAUUGCCAACCUGUGGAUCGAAUACGAGAAACUGAAUGAGAAUGUUGAAGCUCCAGAUAGAUAUGUCGGUUUGAUGGUUAAACUCGUCCAAGAUCUUGAUGCUCACCUUCUGGGAGCAUAAAUUAAUUAAUUAAUGAAUAAAAACCAUAUGUCAUAUGCAACGGUUGGAAAGAGCUUUUGCUGGUCUUGUUAAAAAGGGUUCAAUUAUAUGUAAUCAUGCAUGCAUAUGUUCAUCAAUGCGUACCUACUUAAAUAAAAUGCUUUUCUUAAUUAGGUUUGUGUGUAUUGUAAAAGAUGUACGAAGGAUGUCAUAUGACAUUGUGAUGUAAUAGAUUGUGGUUAUCGAUCACAUCUAUAAAAUAAGAUGUGGUGUACUCUAUAAUAUUUGUCCAAUA